AUGGAAAUAGGACCGGACUCAGGCCUGGAACUCCCGGCCAGGGGACACGAGGCCAUAAAGAGGGCUUGGAUGCCGAAGGGGCACGUGCUGGACCUUUCGAAGGAUCAUGUGGAAAGGGAAGAAGGCGCGCAAGCCGCCCUCAGGAUAGACCUGGAUGGCUUGAGGACUGGCUGCGACUUGACGGAAGCCGGGGAGGUCAUCACUGGCGGAGAUUACGGUGCAGUGGUGUCACUCUUGAAGCGUCCCCUCCCGAGCGAACGCAUCGCUAGCGGCAAGUAUCGUCUUCUUGUGCCGGGCGAGGACGCGAGGGUCAAGGCCCAACACAUCACUAACUUCCAGAUUGGUUUCGGACAUGGCUCGCCUUCCCUUGGUGAAGUCAAGAUGUUCAUCAUGCUGACGUACCGGAGGGAUCCUAACGAUUCACCGGACGGCCGGACCGUCGCCAGACGAGCAACGAUUCCCGACGUUGAUGUCUACCAGGAGGCGUUGUCGAGGACCUUAAUUGCGCUAAGCAAGCGUGAGGGGUUCAGGGCGGUAUUUGUGGGGCCUACGCACACCACCCAGCAGCUACGUCUCGCAUCUCACAAGGAGGUGAUCUAUCUCCCGCCCGAGGCUGACGCACGCACUUCUUUUUUCAAGAAACUCAACAGGGAGUUGGUUAGGGGAUUCGGGCUCGAGUUCAGGCCGGACGCCCAGCCUUUCAUGAUUGUAUUGAAGGCCUUCAACCAAAAGCACGCGCUUUGGGCUCCCCUCACCGAGCCCGGUGAAGAAGUCAUGCAAACCGUCCUAGCCGACAAUAUGGUCGCAUUCGCGAGUACGGCGUUUACGGAGGUUUCGACUGUUUUCAAUGCAGAUCGCUUUGGCAGCGAGAUAUCCGUCGAUCUGGCUGUGACGAUGUCACGAGCACAGGGCUCGGACGACGUGUUGCUUGCUCCGAGGGGCGACUACUAUGCUGCUGGUGGGGGGGCUUCAGGUCGGAGCGGGGUGGGAUACGAGGGAGGACGUGGCACGGAUCUGGGCUUCGACGUGACCAAGUACUCCCUUUUUGGUUCCGACCAAUGCGCCUCCAUCUCAGGCCAAGCGUAUGGAAAACCAAGUCUACCCGCCGUCGCCCGACACUCUAUCCUCGACGAUGCGUCUAACGCUCUUACUUCAGCGGAUGCACAAUUGGCGGGAGUCAUCUCGAGGACAAACUUGAACGUGUAUUCGCCGACGGUCUUGCAUGCCACGAACAGUUCUAAGGGGCACGCCAUGGCCGUAGCUCUUCGGGGCUCAAGGGUUUCCAACGCUGUAGAGCUACUCCGUGGUGUUGGUGUCAGCGGGGCGUUCCUGUCCGAUGCGCGUGUGGGAGAGGCACAUGCAGCUGUUGCCAAGGGCAGGGAAGCCGCCUUGGCAAUCAUUUCCGGGAUGAAGGGCGCGAAUGGAUCGCUACGCACCGAGGUCACCUACCUCUUAGAGUCAGAUGGUGCCGAUGACGGAGCAGCACAGGGUUUCGAGCGCAUGUGCGCUGACUUGUUGGGCGAGGUAUUUGGCGUACAGGUUGGUGGCUGGAACGAUAUCGACGCUACUUUCGCUCUUCCCACAGAGGUGGUAGUUUGCCUCAUGCACGCGUUGUGCGUCCGCUCGUUGGAGUCCAUUAAGUUUGGAUUCAACACGCUCGCCGACCUGGGGGAUCCUCGUUGUGACGACGUCAUUCCCGGGCAGCUGCCUAUCGGGCACCUCCCCUCGGUGGGCGAGAGUGUUCUUCGGAUGGACGGCCUUUCCCUGAGGAUCGCGGGUGGCGUAGGGUCGGCUCUUCGUGCUGGUCAGGCAUCGUGUGGAUUCCUCGCUCUCCGCGACGACGCAUCUUGGAUCAUGAAGGAAGGUGGCGCAACCAGGCUGCCGAUCGGGCUGUUGAUCAGAGGGGGUGGUGGACUCAGAAGCGGCGGUUUCGGUCCUCGCAGUCGGGCAUUUCUGGUUUCCCAGACCCACGUUAUGCCAGCCAAGACUCGGGGCCUAGACCUGCUCCUACACGGCGGGGAACGUCUCCUGGAGCUUCUACGCUCCGUUUUCCAUCAUGUCAUGGAAGAGGCUCGAGUUGCUUCGGUAAAAAAGAAUCUUUUAUCGUCUCACGACGGGGACGCAGAGGGAGACGCAGAGGAUGACAUUGCGUCUACCUGGUGUCCCGGGCCAGCGGCUCUAUUGGCUCGCAAUGAAGUCCUGGCACAGGACCCUGACAUGGCCGGAAAGCGUUUCGAGGUCCCGGACUCGCAUGCAAAGUCUGUUCCCGUCAGUACGUGUCUGGGGAGGCUUCUGCCUACUUUGGACGGGAAAUCGUUGGGAGAGAUGCCGGCCCCCCAUACGACGGUGUUCAAUGCCAUAGUGCAGGCGUUUUGCGCCGCACCUGCGUUCGCCCUUCUCGCCCCCGCUGUAGCAAGGAUGUGGCUGCUCGUUCUCCUGGAGGCCCUGGUUGUUGAAGACAUCGGCAUGUGCAUCUUGCCCAAAACUAGGGCGUCUCGUAUCUUCACCAUCGUAGGGCACUUCGUAAGGUCUUGA